AUGCGUCGUAUUCUGCGUUCGAGUAUCAAGAACAUCUGGGACGCCACGACCGGGUUAGCAGUCACGUUGAGACCAGAGAAAUUCCACAACGAGGAAGCUGCCACACGCACGAUUCAAGCGCUUUACCGACGGAUCGCAGCGCGUAAGAUGCUUCUCCAGCUAAUCACGCGCCAAUAUCGUAAGAUACUGGACCCGGUGUCUGGUCAACCAUGCUACUACGACAGUGUUUCGGGCACUGCAACCUGGUUUAAACCUGCAGUGUUUGGUGAAUACGAUCUUGCACUCGUGGACGACUCGACUGUAUCUCCUUCCGGAAGACGACAAAGCACACUUGUAUCUCCUCGAUUCUCAGCCUUGUACUCUACUAUAGCGUCUACGACAAAUGUCACGCGAUGA